AUGAAAUCGUAAAAACCUAAAAAGGCUUCAAUUAUCAAGAAGUCUUUUACAAGCUAGGUAUCCCCUAAUGUUAGCAGAGUCAGCAAUGGGAACUCGUUUGUUGGAACCAUCACAACUAAAAGCAGCAUCUCUCCUUUCAGUAGCUAAAGAGGCUCAGUAUCUAUCAUUUCUUAAAAGAGAAACUCUAAAGUUUCAGAAUAAAAGAUAGCAGAAUUUUGUAAUAAGACGAUCAAAGUGCCUUUAAACAAAGAUAAAGCCAUUGAAAAGUCAGUACAAAUCAGAAAUCCAAAUUAAGUAAAUGAGUCGUCCCUGCUUCAGAAUUCAUUAUCAAACACUUUAUUUAAUGCCUCUCAGCUGUCUAGAGUAAAUGACUCUGUUAUCUCUACGAGACCUCCUAAACUGGGGUCAGCUCAAGCGCUCAUCAAUACAAACUCAGUGAUUCUAUAAGAUAAUCAAUUUGAAAUCAAUACAUUUGGAGUGGUAUUGAGGAACACAGGUAUGAAUAGUAAUUGCCGUCCUUCUUCAACUCAGUAAUUCUAUAAGAGUAUUAAGGAAGUAAUUGGAAACAAUAGAGACUUAGAUGUUGUUUUACAAAAAGAGGAGAAUAGUGAGAUGGAGAAUGGUUUGUCUCAGGACAUUUACCAGACUAAUGGAGUAUCUUGUGAUGAUGUAGCUGAUGAAGUCAUUAACUCUAAUGAAUAUUAGACGUUCUCCUAAAACCUAUUGAAGAUUAACGAAUAGAAAGGGUUUUAGAAUACUUUUUCACCACGUUAAAAGGCUAAGAUAAAAUCCAAAAUUGCACAAAACAAGGAAAACAACUUUAAGUUUUUCACUCCUUCUGCUAAUAAUUAUCUUGAAAAAAAUACCACUAACACGCAGGGUGGCAUCUCUAAAAAUGAAGGAAUUGUUAAAACAUGCCAGGACUUCAUUAUGCAAUCUGAGUUAGCUGUGAAUAAGAUGCUUAGUUUUAAGCAAAACAUAGUUAAGAAAAUUGAAGAUUAAAAUUCAGAGUAUUAAACUCUGCACACUGAUAUAGUAAAAGUGAAUAAGCAAAAUGCUGAGAUUAUAAUGUAAAUAGACAAAUACAAAACCAAAAAUAAGCUUUUCAAAGAUCAGAUUGAUACUAUUACACAUGCAAUUAGUGAUGUAUAUGAUAAGUAAUAAGAAAAGAUAGAUCUCUAUACAAAGGAUAUUUACAGUAAGCAGAGCAAUAAAAAAAAGAUGAAAAAGGAACUAGAGACUAACUAGAAGUGUAAAAUAUAAAGAACUAGAUUAACUCAGAAUGAAUAACAAUAAAAGCAGGCUAUUGAUUAUUUGGAGUAAUAAAUAGAUGAUAAAAAUGCUAUGAUUUCAGCCCUAAAAAAGAAAAUUUCUACUCAUAAAGAACAGUAAAUGAGUCUUAUAAAAAUUCUUGGUUCAAGCUUCAAAGAGAAUUUAGAAACAAGAUUGGGUUCUCCAGUUAGCAUGCUCAGCAAUGAUCUAAGAAAGUCCUAGGGAAGUCCUUUAAAUUUUAUGAGUGAUGCUAGGAAAAGUAUCAAUUUCUCUUGA